AUGACUGAAAAGGCCGUCGCACGUCUUGCCGGCAUCAAUGUCGGCGGACCCGCGCGGAUCAAUGCCAGUGCAGAUUUUGGCCUCAUUGGCCUGGCCGUCAUGGGUCAGAAUUUGAUCAUGAACGUUGCUGAUCACGGGUUUACCGUAUGUGCCUUCAACCGCACUGUUGCCAAGGUUGAUCGCUUCCUUGACAACGAAGCGAAAGGUAACCGGAACGUCGUGGGGGCCCAUUCAAUGGAAGAGUUCUGCUUGAAACUCAAAAAGCCCCGCCGCAUUAUGUUACUUGUCAUGGCUGGUAAACCCGUCGACGACUUUAUCGAAGCAUUGUUGCCCUUUGUUGAGCAAGGAGAUAUCAUCAUCGAUGGCGGAAACUCUCACUUUCCAGAUACCAAUAGAAGGACUCAGGCGCUUGCAGAAAAGGGGCUUCGCUUUGUUGGAACAGGGGUCUCUGGUGGGGAAGAGGGUGCCCGCUAUGGACCAAGCUUGAUGCCUGGGGGAAAUGAAGAGGCGUGGCCUUUCAUCAAAGAUAUCUUCCAAUCCAUUGCUGCAAAAAGCGACGGCGAACCGUGCUGUGACUGGGUCGGCGAUGAAGGCGCCGGCCAUUAUGUCAAAAUGGUCCACAAUGGCAUCGAGUAUGGGGAUAUGCAAUUGAUCUGUGAGGCGUACGAUAUCAUGAAACGUGGAAUCGGGCUAUCAGAUAAGGAAAUGUCCGAUGUUUUUGCAGAGUGGAAUAAGGGUGUCCUCGACUCUUUUCUGAUUGAGAUCACGCGUGAUGUCCUAAAGUUCGAUGAUGACGACGGAACUUCUUUGGUAGAGAAAAUUCUUGAUUCAGCAGGACAGAAGGGCACAGGAAAAUGGACCGCUAUCAAUGCGCUUGAUCUCGGCAUGCCAGUGACACUAAUUGGAGAGGCAGUGUUUGCACGGUGCCUAAGCUCCCUCAAACAAGAACGCGGCCGCGCCUCGAAAGUGCUUGACGGGCCACAGUCAACUUUCAAUGGUGACAAGAAGCAGUUCUUGGCGAACUUGGAGCAGGCUCUUUAUGCGUCCAAGAUUAUCUCGUACUGUCAAGGUUUCAUGUUGAUCCAGAACGCAGCGAAGGAGUAUAAGUGGAAGCUGAAUAAACCAUCUAUCGCCUUGAUGUGGCGUGGAGGCUGUAUCAUUCGAUCAGUAUUCUUGAAGGACAUCACUAGCGCCUACCGCAAGGAUCCCGAUCUGGAAAACUUGUUAUUCGACACGUUUUUUAACAAGGCAAUCCACAAUGCGCAGAAAGGAUGGCGAGAUAUCGUGGCUUCUGGCGCGCAGUGGGGAAUUCCUACACCAGCUUUCAGUACUGCUCUAAGCUUCUAUGAUGGCUACCGCGCCAAAGAUCUCCCAGCCAACCUGCUUCAAGCACAGCGGGACUAUUUCGGAGCCCAUACCUUCAAAAUCAAGCCGGAGCAUGCAAGCUCCAAAUUCCCCGAAGGAAAGGACAAUCACGUGAAUUGGACAGGCAGAGGUGGCGAUGUCUCUGCCUCCACAUAUCAAGCUUAA